UUUAGAGUUGAUGUGACACACGUGUUUCAAUACGACAUAAAAGCGCUCCUCGGAACUCAAUAUUUAAAGCGUAUGAGGAUUACUGCGUCGAUAUUAAAUGAUGUCAUCAUGAAUAGAAGUUGAAAAAGAGGUCCAAAUUCCUGAGGAAGCAUGUGAUACCAAGAUCUUUAGAAAUAAGAGAUCACACGCUCAAGAAGAAGAGGAUCAUUUCAUCAGUUUAAUAAUAUGGUGUAUCUAUUUUGCCCAUAUUGCGCCAAUCUUCUCCGGUUUCAGGAAGAUCCAUCAGGCAAUCGGUUUGCUUGUCGCACAUGUCCUUACAUCUAUAAGAUAAAAAGCGCAGUUACUACACGUACCUUUUUUAAUGAAAAGCUGGAGAAGACGGUUGUCGUCAACAAGGAAACCGCGUGGGAGGGCGUAGAUUCGACAGACGAGCGUUGCCCCAAGUGUUCCUAUCCACGUGCUUAUUUCAAACAAUUGCAGACACGAUCCGCUGAUGAGGGUAUGACCUUGUUCUACAGAUGCUGCAAUCAUUCGUGCGGCCACACUUGGCGAGUCAAUACAUAAAUCAGCAGAGGCAAACAAUCCAAAGUAUUCGAGGGAUCAUGAAUCCCAAUGCAAUGGGUCCUAUUAAGGUCAACAUGAACAACGCCAGGAAUGAAUUGAAGCUGCUCGAGUCAAAGGAAAAGCAUUGGUUCUGCGGUGGCAACCGGAGUGUCGUGAUGGCAGCCCAAUUGUUGCAACAGGGCA